AUGAUCCGAGAUUGGCGCGCGGAGCACAGAGCCCGGCUUAAGAAGAAAAAUGGCCGACCAAGAGACCGAACCGGGGAAAGGGCCCGUGGUCUGUAUUUGCUUUUUGGCCACCAAUUGCAUGCACAUGCGACUGUUGAUGGUGCAAGGAAAGAAAAGGAUGAUGAAACUUGUCAUGACCCCAUCGGCCGUUAUGUGUCGCUUCUGUGCUUUCCUGUGCGUCAGUUUAUGUGGAUGGAUGGAUCUUCUUAUGCAUGCAUGUAUGGAAAUGAAGAGAUUUUGGCCACAGCUUGCGUUGCGCAUCCCGCGAUGAUGCACUGA